UAAAAUAAGAUCUUCUUGGAAAAAACAAAACGACAUUCCUCAACUGAGAAAAACAAAUUAAAGUAAAUACUAGCAUAUUCUCUAUAUUUAGUACAAAAAUUAAUCUUAUAAAUGUAUGAUUACAACGGCUUCAUUCCGAUAAUAUUCACGUGUAUUUUUUUCCGGGAAUCGAACGAGGAAGUGAUUGGACAUAUUUACAAUGCGUCUGAAGUCCCAGGUAAAUUACUCCGUGAAACAAAGGGAAAAGGUGACCGAACAAUAAAAUUAUCUUAUCAAAUGCAUUGCUGAACUCCACAUGAACCCUUUCAGAUAAGCCUCACCUGUGUAACGGACAGCUGCAUUUGGACCCGGAUUAAAGUGCUUAUGGCAGUUAUUUAAAAUUAAUUACUUAAACCAUGUGGUUAUUCAACUGAGAGAGCUACAUCAAUCUAACUAUAAUAAUUGAUAUAUGUCAUCAACAACAGAAAAGCUUCGAAACUUCAUCGCUCAGUAAUGGAUAGCGACAUUGACGUUAGUUUUGGCCCAAAAUUACAAAAGGAUUCAUUGAACAGUGAUAAUCCACUCGCCAUGAGGGGAUAUUGCUCUUUGGAAGACGGGUCGUUGAUGAGACCCCCAUGUCAGAACCAGCCUACAAGACCUAGUGACAUUGAUGCAAGGCAGUGUCUGAUAGACCCACCAAGGCAUCAGCCGACAUUGUCACUGGAUCGACCACCAGAAGCGGAAGACGGGGGAAGUCGAACAGAACCGGAAAUACACAGUACUUCCGGUCUAGAUGAUUCGUGUCAACUUGAAACGACAUCAAGUGAAGAGAAACUCAUGUUCGGUAAGGCGAUCGACAGUUUAGACCCAGAAUCCAUUUAUGGUUCCGGUUCCGGUUUAUCUGGCAAUCUCCGGAAACCAAGCAAUCUCAGAGUGGAUUCCUUGACUGAAUCAAAUGAAAAUACUGGAACCUCUGAAUCUGAGGACUACCUUAAUGAUAACGAACGAUCCUCAGCAACAGGUGAAUCCAGUAUCGGGAACUUUUGCAGUUUGGAUGUUCGAUCGCUUACCGAAAGCCGCAACACUUCGUCAGAGUAUUUUGCAGGAAUCAUAAAAUCUGAACAAAUGAUGGCGGAUUCAAAUUCCCUAUGGCAGACUGGUCUAGACUAUUCCUCAGUGGACGAAUGUCAAAUGCUGCAACCGAGGAUUCCCGACUUUGUAUUAAAAAUGUUUGUAAGCAUUUUAAGUGGACGUCAAGUUAAUGCUGCUUUGUUAGCAAACUCGUUGUAUGAUUCGGGUAUUGUCUCAGAGAGCUGUUUGCAACUUUUAAACGACGACCAAGAUUUAUCCGACGAUGAUAAAAUUAACAUUGUUAUCAAGAAUAUCAACAGAAACGUAACAACCCUUCAGCUAAUAUACAAAAUUUAUAAUAGCAAUUUUUCUAAGGUUGCACAAGACUUGUAUGCAAAUUACAUACAAUUUGCAACGCAACCCAAAACUAGAGAGGUUACCCGAAAAAUUGUCGGAGAGCGUAAAAAAAUACAAAUUUACUUCAAACAAAUCAAACAAAGCGUCCAUAUGCUCGUCUCUUCGAACAUCCAAGUUAGUGAAUUAGGAAAGAUUAUGCUUCGGGAAAUCAAAGAAGAAACUAACCCUGGCAGAAAACGUUUCCUCUAUGAUAAAUACAUUUGCCUUAAAGCAGCCGAAAUUGAUGCAAAGACUAACCUUACGGACAACGUUGAUCCAAAAGGAGAACCCUUCAAAGAAAUGGGAGAAGCGAUCGAAGAAAGUUCGUGUCCAGAAAUCUCGCUCAUUCUAAUGUUGGGCCGACAGGCAGACAUAUCUUCUUCCCUGGGUACCAGUCCAAGUGAUGGCGAACCGUUUUUGGUGCAAGCUUUUCAGUGGCAGGAUAUAUGCGAAAGAUGUAUCGAAUCGACGGAUAUGAUGUAUAAAAGCGUAGUUUUCAAUCUGUUACAGUUUCAGAGAACGAAAGACGAGGAAUAUCGGCAAAAGGUUUUAAAACAGGCUAAAAUGGGACUCGAAUCUCUUUCCGAAGAAGAUGAAGACGUGCGAUUAUUUUGGUCUCGGCUUUUUAGACUGAGAAUAAUCUAUUGUCAUUUGGGAAUCGGAAAAAGGUGUGAGAUUAUAGAAGGGUAUGAAGUAACCCAGGAUUCAAUCAAAAUUGUCCAGAAGAUGUUUAAAGAGGAUAAGUUAGCCAACUUGGAACAUCGGAGGAAAAUGAUGUAUGGAAUAGCAGUCGCGCGAUUCUUCCAUCUUCAGGGUGGCUAUCAAGAAGCAAAGGACAUCAUUGACUUAACAAUGGAAUUUGCUAAUGAAGGAAAAUACAGUGAAAAGGAAAACAUUUCUGCUUAUCAAAAAGUUCUGCAUAACAUAGAUGUCCCUGAACUUGUCUUUUUUCCAGACGAGUACUUAUUCAACACUAUUUCACCGAUUUAUUCGCGACAAUCUUCCAGGACUUCAGCAACGUCUACCAGUUGUUCCGAAAAAACCUCCUCUAAAAGUCAAAUUCUGUUGACGAGUAUUUCCUCGGGUGAAUAUGGAAAUAUAACAGAUAGUGACGGGCCAAAAGCGGCAAUGCCAUCCACUGGAUCAUAGAACCAUUUUAACAAGAGCUUGGACUUUAAGUAGUUAUGUCAAACUGCAAUGUGACGUAGGCCUGUCUAUUUCAUUGCUGGCUACGCAGCCAUGUCUCUUUGAAAUUGACACAAUUUGUCUGGCUUUUGAGUGAAAACUACACAAUUGUGUAUAUUUUGCUUAAAACCAGCGUUAUUUUAAUUUGUUUUGACGCAAGAAAUAGAUAGCUAAAUCCUACCGAAAGUCCAAGGUCUUGUUAAAAUGGUUCUAAGUUUUGUGGAUGGUGUAUAAAUGUUUAAAGUUUUGAAUAAUUACGUUGAAUUGGUUAAUGGACACAGGGAUGGCAUAUUGAGCAUGAUGAGUGAAUUCGAGAACAGUUCAUUAGUGUGAUAUAUAUUUCAUAAAAAUGGAACAAAACUUUUUAACU